AGUAGCAACACAAAGUCUUAUUCCGUAAUCGAAUCUGUUUUGUUGCUUCUCAACAAGCAGACCAACAGAAGGAAGAUUCGCCACUUUCUCGAAAUAAGAGCCCUUUUUUCGUGUGUGUCUUCUCAAUUCUUUUGUGAAUUCGCUUUUCUUCUUUUCUCUCUUCCUCUCUGUGCCUUCUCUGCUUUCACUCCCUCACCCCUCCGAUUUCUUGUGCAACCAUGCCUUUUGAGGGAUACACGGUCGGCUGCUACCUGCUGGACCGCCUGGUGGAGGCCGGCUGCGAUCACCUCUUCGGUGUCCCUGGCGACUUCAACCUGCGCUUCCUCGAUGACGUGAUGGCGCACCCCACGAUGAAGUGGGUGGGCACGGCGAACGAGUUGAAUGCCGGGUACGCUGCGGAUGGCUACGCUCGCCUGCGCGGCCUCGGCGCCAUCACAACAACGUGCGGCGUGGGGGAGCUGUCCGCCCUGAACGGCGUCGCUGGCAGCGCCGCGGAGAGCGUGCCGGUGAUUCACAUUGCCGGCGCCACUUCCACCAAGAGCCAGUCAAACCGCGAGCUCCUUCACCACACACUCGGCGACGGCAACCACAACCACUUCCUGCACAUCAGCGCUGAGGUUUGCUGUGUGGCGGUAAUGCUGACGCCUGAGAACUGCCUGACCGAGAUCGACCGCGUCGUUACGGAGGUGCUGUACCGCAAGAAGCCCGGCUACAUCGCUCUUCCCAUGAACCUCGCGGAGAUGACCGUUAAGCCGCCGGCGGCGAAGCUGGUGCGUCGCGAGCCGGAGUGCUCGCCGGAUGCCGUGGAGGCCUUCAAACUGGCGGUGACAUCGCGCCUGGGCAGCGCCCGCAACCCGGCCGUGCUCGUCGGCCACCUCGUCCACCGCUUCCGUCUGAGCAAGCAGGUGGACCAGCUCCUUGAGAACGUGCGUAUCCCCUUCGCACCAGCCACGCUUGGCAAAGGCGCCGUGUCGGAGCACUUGGAGAACUACGUCGGCACCUACCUCGCGGGUGAUAAGCCCUGCCCUGCCAAGUCAGUUGUGGAGAGUGCGGACGUGUGCAUCUCUAUCGGCGUCGAGCUGGUCGACUGCGUGACCUCGCUCUUCCGUCAGAAGAUCGACCCACUGAACACCAUCGACAUUCAGCCCUUCUUUGCCAAGGUGGGGGAUCAGAUCUUCCACCAGGUGCCGAUGGAGGUGGCGGUGAGGGUUGUCGAGGAGGCCGCGCUCGAGUUCCACUCCAACUGGUCGACCGAGUACCCCCAGGCGGAGGAGUUUAUCCGCCCUGACAGCAACACCACGCUGGACUUGGCCCACGUGUGGAACGAGAUUCAAGCCGGCCUGCGGCCGAACGACAUCGUCGUGGUCGACCUCGGCACGUCGGCCUUCUCCUCCGUUCUGCUGCGCCUCCCUGAAGGCGCCGACUACUUCUGCCAGCACCUCUGGGCCUCCAUUGGGUACUCGCUGCCCGCCGCGCUGGGAGCGCAGGUCGCCGAACCAAACCGCCGGGUCGUCUGCAUUGUCGGCGAUGGGGCAGCGCAGAUGACGGUGCAGGAGCUGGGCCUCUCUGCUCGCUACAACCUGCACCCCACCUACCUUCUCAUCAACAACGACGGCUACACCAUUGAGCGCUACAUCCGCGGGUGGGACUCGUCCUACAACGACGUUGCAUCGUGGGAGUGGACGGGGUUGGCGCGUAACCUCUGCAAAGGCAAUGAGCCCCGCACGCGCGUGAUUGACUCCGUCGGCGGCGUCCUCGACGCGCUGAAUGAGAAAAAUGACAAAAUGCUCUUUGCAGAAGUGCUGAUUGGCAAGUUCGAUGGCCCGCUGCGCAGCGCCGUGCCGCUUCCCGGCAAGCCGGCGAACUUGAAGUAA